AACGUUGCGGGUCCUCGGAUAAGGGGUGUCAUUCGACCUUAGCAAGUUGGCGUGCCGGGAGGGCGCGUCAUGGAAGCCGAGAACAAUGACUGCCAGAUCGGGACGAGGCAUUAGCGGCGCGCGCUUGUACUUUGCCUCCGACGCUCAUGUUGCGCUCAUUACCUUCACUGGCGCACUCAUGUCGAAUCCUCCCUCGACCGUCGCUGGCGCCUGCAUCAUACGCAAGACUCUCGUACACCCCUAGACUAUCACAACGCUCUUUUCACGCGUCCUUUUCACGACAUCAAGACGCAGCAGCGAAGCCCACGCCCCCCUCCCCUCCUUCCGCUUUAACCAAUGGCAAACUCGAGGAGGUCGUCUCCUAUAGCGGCCCCCUCGCCCCGACGAUGCGCAAGCUGAAGUACGUGACGAUGUCGACGCUCGCGCUGACGAGCGCCGCGGUGCCCGUCAUGUUCCUCACGCAGUCGAGCCUGAGCCCAGUCGCGCUCGUGUCGCUCACGGGUACCGUGCUCGCGACCUCAGGCAUCAGCACGGGGCUCGUAGCGUGGGGGUGCGGGCCGUAUGUGACGCGGUUGCGGAAGUUGAGGGAUGCGGCGCGGCCGGGCGGGGAGGUGGUGGAGAUGAGCACUUGGAGUGUGUUCUUGAGGGAGCGGACGACGAGGGUAUACAUGACCGAGGCGCUCGUGAAGACCGAGCGGCCGCUGGCGACUUGGAUGCUUGCGCCCUACCUUCAGAGACCAGCGGACAGUGUCGUCCCGGGGACCGAGCAGGUUGUGGCGGAGACCUUGAACGACAAGGGGGAGGUGAUAGGGCGCUGGCUCGUGGUCUGGGGAGAGGAUGGCUACGGCGCAUGCAGAGAAGUAGGGAAGGUUUUCCGACAUUUCUAUGUACACGAGGAACUGCUGCAUUGACGAUACCAUUUACACUGCUUAAUUUUCGCCUUGCUUCCAUCGCGGACGCUACGCGUAGGGCCCGACGGAGAAACUUUGGAUUUUUCCCGAAUCUCAUGCCAUUCUCAAAGGCCGUAUCGAAACAACGGAUAGAUUCUGGGGAUCCCGAGCGACUGUACCGACAAACGGAUGAAUUUGGGGCUCGAGGACCCAAGAAAAAG